CCCCCCCCCCCCCACCCCUCCUGGGCUCUCGAAUUGUGCGCGAGACCGCGGAAGGAUGGCGUCGUCUCGGCGGGGCAGCAGCGGCUGCGCGCUCUGCGAGGGAUCCAACCUCCCGUCCUUUUGCUCGGCCUGCGUGAACACCAAGCUGGCGGAGUACCACGCGAGGCUGCGGAUGAUGAAGAGUCUCCGCGACACCCUCCACGCCCGCAUAGCCACGCGCCUCGAGGCCAAGAGUAAAGGGGAUGAGCAGAGAAACUGGAGGGUGAGCAAAGCACAGGAUAUCAAGGAGCUGAGGGAUCAUCUCACUGAAUUGAAAAGGCGAAAUGCGACAGAGAAGAAGAAAGCUGAGAAGGCAUCACGUGAUCUCAGAGAGAGAAUUGCAUCGUUGAAUUUGGCUUUCGUCACACUGAAAAAGAAGCGAGGUGAUUCAUUGGUGAUGCACACCAAUGCCAUGAAAGCAGCACAGAUGGGUCUUAUGGCAACUACCUCAGAACGUUUCAAAAUGCAGUCAAAAGUCAUAAAGCAGCUUUGUAGAUUGUUCCCAUUGCGACAAGUUAUUACAGAUGGUGAACAGAAGGAUGGCUACAGUGGUCCGUAUGAUGUCAUAUGCAAUGCUCGUCUACCUCGUGGUCUCGAUCCACAUUCAGUUCCAUCCGAAGAGCUAUCAGCUUCUUUGGGGUACAUGUUACAACUCCUUAAUAUUGCAGUUCCUAUCCUAUCCGCACCUGCCCUCCAUGUAUCUGGCUUUGGGGUUUCUUGUUCACGUGUAUGGCAGCGUAGUUCCUACUGGAGCACAAGACAGUCCCAGAGCAAAGUCUACCCACUUUUUAUACCUAGGCAAAAUAAUUGCUCUGUUGGUGAUGACAAUUCAUGGACAGAAAGUGGUUCGGGUAACUUUGGUGUUCACUCUGUUGAUUCAGAGAAGAAAUCGUUUUUUGAUUCCAAGAGAAGCAAUAGCUUUAACUUCUCUAUUGCAUCUUCUCACUCCAUGGAGAGGCAUCAAGACUUGCAAAGAGGAAUAUCAUUACUAAAGACAAGUGUUACUGCCAUUACCACCUACUGUUAUAACUCAUUGGGUAUGGAUGUGCCAUCAAAUCUUUCUACUUUUGAAGCAUUUGCAAAGUUGCUUCAUAUGCUAUCGUCAUUGAAGGCCCUUCUUGCUACUCUUGAAUCGAACGUUGCUUCAAGAUCAGAGAAGCAAGCACAGCAACUAAACAGAUCUAUAUGGAAGGCAAGCUCAGCUAUCUCAUCUAACAGCAGCCUGAUGGACAGUGUGAACACAGCUAUAAUGCUCUCUGGACAACCCCCUACUGAACUCCAACGCAAGCUUUCUGUACAGCGGUAAACCGACAAAGCAUGGUGGAGUUCCAGACAACAUUUUAGAGGGCUGGGAUAUGGUGGAGCGUGACAUCCUACCGCCACCACCGUCGCGAGUCGAAGACGUUGCGCAAUGGGAAAGAGCCCACACCUUCGAUCGCAGUGGCUCCAAAAAGAAGUGAUGGCUCAGCUCAUGUGAUUCUUUGAAGCCAAGCUGUUAAUUUAGAACAUUGCAAGUCUGCAUAGGAUUUAGCUGAUCAUAACUCACAAGGUUUUUGGUUGAUGUACAGAACUAACCAUAACCUGUGACUAUGAACUCUGCAGAGAAGAGGGUGUGAUUGAUCAGCUGGCAUCUGUGAAGCACCUUCAAUUUGUAAAUAUACAUGUAGCUGUACAGUAAUUGAUAUGCAAUAAAAACAACAUAGCUGAAAAGUGUCUGCUCA